AUGAGAUUGCUAUCACCUGAAAAAUUAUAUUUUCAUAAUUUAGAAUUUGGUCGUAUCGACACAGUUAUUAAAGUUGGCGCGUCAUUAUCGCAAGAACAAAUCUUUCGUGCACAAUUCGUCGUCUUAAAAAAAUGUGAUUAUUUUCGUGCGGCGUUUGCUAACAGUUGGGCAAAGAAAAAAGAUGAUUUAUUUGUAUUCGAAAAACCAAAUAUUACUCCAGAAAUUUUUUAUAUAGUUUUGUGUCAUAUCUACGAAAAAGAAAUAAAGUUGGAAGAGCUACACGACGUAGAACGAGUCAUGGAUGUGGUGGUUGCUGCUGAUGAACUAAUGUUACCAGAACUUGCCAAUUAUGCUCAAUCCUUCUUACUCUCUGGUUAUAAAAAAUGGGUGAAUCGUAAUCUCGUCAAAGUUUUAAAUAUCACUUUUGUCCACCCACAUAUCUUCGAAGAAUUGGCUCGCCGAAUUAUUCACAAAAUGAAUCGAGGUUCAAUUUCUUUAUUGCGUACAGCUUUUCUACACAAAUUGGAACAACAAACAUUGAUCGCAGUGCUCGAGAGAGAAGGAAUACCGAAUGCCGGAUUAGCCUGGGAUGUAAUAUUUCGGUGGGCGUUUUCGCAAGUAGUUCAUUUCGAGAAACAAAAAUACGAAUCCGAGCGAACAUCGACGUCAAAUUCAAUAUCGAAAUUGCCGCCUGCAUUUAUAGGAUCGUUAAGAGAUAAAAUUGCUCAAUUAAUUAAACAUAUAAGAUUCUCACAAAUGUCGCAUAACGACUUUGUCGAAAAAGUAUUUAAAGUUCGUGAAUUGCUGACAAAAGAAAUGGUCAAUUCUAUUGAAGGCCUUCAAUAUUAUCUGACUCUUGCAGAGAAUUCGACGAUUCUCACUGAUUCUGUUCUCAUUAAUAAUCUUCACGUUGAUAUUAUCAUUAAUUGGAUUGUAUUUUAUAGACAAGGACAGAAAUUGUAUAUUCAGAAUGUAGAAGCAUCAAAUCAAUCAUCUCAGAUUAACAAAACCUCAAUCUUUAAGCGACUUUAUCGAACUUUAUCACAAAAAGGUUUUAAAAAUUAUAAUAAAAACGGUAAUGAAAAAAGAAACAGCAAACGUGCUUCAGUGCAAUCAAUGCGAUCAAUCUGCAGUGGGGUGACAACUACAUUUAAGUUCAACUUGAUUUAUCGUCACUCUCGAGAUAAAUACACUUUGAACGAUUAUCGGUUUGGUUGCCACGACAUUGGACCUGUUGUAGUAAUCGCUCGAAUAAGAGAUUCACGUGUCUUGAUUGGUGGAUAUUCAGUUUCUCAUCUUCGAAUAUUUUCACAAAACCAAUCCGAUAGUGCACAGACAACGACUAAAGGCGUAAGUUUUACUUUUACUUUUGAGGAUUUCGACAAAUUGGAAACCGCGGGAAACCAUUUCCCACUAACGAACAAAAUAGACUUAAACGUGGUUUUGGAUCGAGCUCAUUCUUUUGAUGGACCUUGCUUUGGAAUUGAUGAUUUAGUUUUGGACUUUAGUAGUUCACGUGGUACUUUUAAGCAUGAGCUUGAAAGUUCACACAAAAGAUUCACAUUUGAUGAAUGCGAAAUUUAUCAAGUUAUUGAACUAAAUCAGGACCUGUAA